CGUCAUGUGCGUCUUCCCUGUCACGAGUGCGUGAACUGGAGAAGAUGAACGAAAUAGCCAGAGUCCCAUGUGCCGACCGAUGUGCGGUGCACUCGUGCAACCGCGUCGUCGCUGGAUGCUGCAGCUCUGCUGCUGCGUGACGUGACGGAUGGGGGGACACACUCGCAAAAACCCCAGCUGACCUCAUCGCCGGGUGGUCCCCCCUCUCUCCCCUCCUCCUACCGCUCCCCAUGGCCGCCGCCGCCACCCGCGCCGUCCGCCGCCUCCUCAUCGCCUCGCGGAGUCUCCACGCAAUCUCUUCCGAGGGAGCGGCGAGGGAGGCGGCCACGAGCUUCGUCCACCCCGCCGCCGUCGUCCACCCCGACGCCGUCGUCGGACAGGGUGUCUCGAUAGGCCCAUUUUGCACCGUGGGAGCUUCAGCGAGGAUUGGUGACGCUUGUCAGUUACACGCUGGGAGCCAUGUCAUGGGAGAUACCGAGCUAGGGGAGAGAUGUGUUGUUCUCACCUUUCUGGCAGUGGCGCUAUCCUUGGUUCAGACAUUCCUGGGCAAACCAUUAUCGGUGAAAACAAUGUCAUUGGACACCACGCUGUAGUUGGUGUUAAGUGCCAAGAUCUCAAGUAUAAGUCAGGAGAUGAAUGCUUUCUACAGAUUGGUAACAAUAAUGAGAUCAGAGAGUACUGUUCUAUUCAUCGCUCUUCUAAAUCUUGUGACUGCACGGUUAUUGGUGACAAUAAUCUUAUAAUGGGUUCAUGCCAUAUAGCACAUGAUUGCAGGAUUGGCAACAAUAACAUAUUUGCUAACAAUACUCUAUUUGCUGGCCAUGUUGUUGUUGAAGAUUGCACCCAUACUGCAGGGGCUGUUGUUGUCCAUCAAUUUUGUCAUAUUGGGUCAUUUUCAUUUCUAGGUGGAGGCUCUGUGAUCGCACAAGAUGUGCCAAGAUACAUGAUGGUUGCAGGUGAUAGAGCAGAGCUUCGUGGGCUGAAUCUUGAAGGUCUUAAGCGCAAUGGUUUCUCAGACCAAGAGGUACGGAUGUUGAGGAAAGCUUAUCAACAAGUAUUUAUGCCAUCUAUUAAUAGUCAGAGUAGCUUUGAUGAGAGACUUGCUGAACUGGAACGGGAAAUUGAGUUAUCAGAAACUCAUGUAUCCUAUAUGGUGGAAUCUAUUCGCAUGUCCUUUGGCCAAGGACGUCGUGGAAUUUGCAAAUUUAGAAGUUGGAACCGCUGAAAUUUCUAUAAACUUUCAAGUUUUACUGGCAAUUUCCGAGACAUCACUUAGGAAGCAUCGCUCAUUCUUUGGACUGGGCAUGUUUCACAUCGUGUUCUUGAAAGAAGUCGCCCAUUCUUUGACUGUUAAAGCAAGAGUUUCUCGUUGAUAUUCUAAUACCUGAACACAGGAAUACAUCAUACAGAUGUUGAAUGCCCCUUCACUCCAGAUUUGACCAAAUACUGUCGCAUCUGGAUAUAGGACACUUGGAAGUUGCGUGUCGUUUCUUUUUCUUUUUUAUUUUCUCUUGAGAUGAGAUGAGUAGUGGUGUUCGUGGAUGCACAAAUGCUCCUUAGUCGUUGUACAUAUAUUUGGCGUUGCCUCGGUUUUGUUCAUCCUGUACAGUGUAUGUAUGUCGCCUCCUGGAUCUCAGGCUCGAAUUUGUAUUGUCUGAACGAUGUUACUGCUAGUGCUGAGAUGGUCCAAAAUUUGCAUUGGUGUUCUUCGGACGACAUACAGUUUGACUAUUAAUGUUGAAUCUGCUUGCUUCAGAAA